CGAACAGAAGAGUACAGAACACCCGUGUGGACCCGACCCAUCAUCUAUUUGGCUAUUUCUUCUUCGUCUUACUCUGAUAUUUUAUAUACGUAUGCGUAUGUGUGUGUAAAAUCUCCAUGUGUGUGUAUAGAACACACACACACACACAAUCAUGACAGCGAAGAAGCACUCUGCUGCGGCGUCGUUUCAGCAGCCUCUCCUCGCCGACGAUCUCUUAGCUCCGCAGCCGCAAUCGACGCAAUACGUCGUCGUUCUCCCCCAAUAUCCCCCGCCUAACCGCCCCCGCCUCCUCCGCAACGCUUGCCGGCGGUGCAUCUUCUGCCUCGCAAUCUUCCUCCUCUUCCUCGUCGCCGCCGCCUACCUCCUCUGGCCGUCCGACCCCGGCCUCUCCGUCGUCCGCUUCCGCCUCGAUCGCCUGAAAUUCCACACCAGCCCCGCGGUCUCGCUCGACGCGACCCUAGACCUGACGGUUAAGAUUCAGAAUCCGGAUUUGUACUCGCUGGAUUACGAUUCGCUGGUCGUUGCGAUCGGGUACAGGGGGAAGCAGCUCGGAUACGUGACGUCGGAUCGCGGAUCCGUGAAGGCGCGUGAGACCACGUACGUGAACGCCACGCUCCGGCUCGAUGGCGUGGAGAUUCUGACGGAUGUGGUUUUGUUGCUUGAGGAUUUGGCGAGAGGCGCGGUUGUGUUUGAUACGACGUCGGAUAUCAGCGGUCGCCUCGGAGUUUUCUUCUUUGAUCUGCCUCUCGAGGUAAAUCAUACUAGUAAUCAAUUAACUUGA